CUUUGUUAUGGUCUCCACAACUUGCGGUUGAACGUUGAUCGUUCGAACACCCAACUGAGAUAUGCCUACCACUGGUGGCUCCGCAAAAAUUACCGUUAUCAGCAGGUCCGCUCUCCUUGAUUUUUUUUCACAGCCUCCCCUCCCUACUGACCAAGUCCGGCAGCACCGAGGGUCUGAGGCUGACGGUGUCGAUAGUCCGAGUCGCUCGAUAUGGUCCCCUAGUCAGCGCUCGCCGGCUUACAGUCAGCCACCCAAUCAGACAUAUCAGAUCGUCACGCAUCAUAAUCGCUCACCUCCUGCAACAGCCUCAUCCUGUCAAGGUGUCCUCUCAUCGCAUCGUCAUACCCCAGCUAUCCUCCGUUUCGUUCUUAUGCCUGGGCUGGCCACACGCCUCAAGAAGUCAAAGAGUGGGGAUGCGAUGUCGACAGUAGUUGCUCGCAGGCAGACUGGCGAGAUGACCCACAACAGCCGCCUUCAUAGCAAAUGCAACAACACGUUGCGGGUCAUAUCACCGCCUCUAUCCGUGACGGUGUCCUCCACGUUCGGGGUGGAGAAUCAGUUCUUUGUACCCCGUCACUGCGCAGCCCAGUUGCGCCCGGGCUAUUGUGGUACCUGCGACGAAACCGCUAUCGACUUCGACGUUGCAUACUUCUAUGGCGACUCUCCCAACACAGUCUCUACCGGCCACGCAAACUCACUGCAACAUCGGCAGUUACAGCGCGAGACCGGCCGUCGCGACAAACAAGUCUUAGUCCCCUUACUGGUAGCUCAGUGGAGGAACAGCAUACGAAGGCGCGUGGAAGGAUUCGAGAUGGAAGAACAAGACCGAUCAUUUGCUGCCACUGUUGGAUGGACCCUCAUCAGUUUACAAGACGCUCUGGCCAGGGACGAUAUCAGACGCCGGGACGAAGGAUUUGAGCUCGCUUCCGAGCCCACGAGACAAACACCUCCCUACCGAGACGCCAUAUCGCCAGUGCAUGGCACCUCGGUGUUCGGUAAACUCGAUGAUUUACCAACGCAGCCGGGAAACGCUCGGCUUUCUUCCGAUCUGCCAACAAUGCCAUCCGUAUACUCCUCGGAUAGCUGGGCGGAGAACAUUCCACUGGGCGCUCACUCCCUGCUUUCCGCCACUGCUUCCGCUGACACGGGUCGCGGAACGGAAGCAUCCACCGUGGACUCAGGUGAUCCGGAUAUCCGCUCCAAGAGCUCAAUGGACGAGGCUAGCUUCAUGCGAAUGGCCAUUCCCCUGGGUUGGUGACCGUCUCUGGCGCAUACGGGCUGAUUUACUGUGUUUGUCUUACAAGCUACGAAUACAAGUAUGUGAUUGCUCUUUGACAGACAGG